AGAAGACAGACGUGUCUUAUAUCUUUAAGUUGAGAGUAUUGCUAGCUGAGUGUUUAAUGAAAUUCUAUUUGGAUUAUGUUGUAUAAUUAUGUGAAUUAGUUCACGUGAUCUCACUGACGGCUGGAUUUGCCAAUGAACUGUUAUUUUAUUCUAUGGUAAAAUAAAAAUAUCGUCUGCUGAUCAAGGUUUUAAUUGCCAUUAGUUCUGUUGGUAAGUCACUAAAACGUAUUGUUAAUGGCCAGACUGCUACCAUGUUUGAGAUCCCUUGCCAAGCUGAGCUUCAAAUAAAACUUGACGGCACUUGGAGUCAUUGGUGCGGAGGAGUUCUGGUCACUCCCAAUAAAGUUCUUACUGCUGCCCAUUGCAUGGAUGAUUCAGCGGUGAGUAAUUAUCGUGUGGUUGUUGGGAUGCUGAACUUGUAUGGACCAUCGAGCAAGUACCAACAAACUCUCAAGGUCUCUCACAUCCACAAACAUGAAAGUAUCAAAGACAAAUAUGAUUAUUCCAACCCUCAUGACAUUGCUGUGAUAACACUGGCCACCUCCGCUACACUUAACAGGAAUGUACAGCCUGCCAGAUUAGCAAAAAAUGUGAAUCAAUAUUUCUUAACGGACUGCUUGAUAAGUGGAUGGGGUUACACCAGCGGAACUAAACCAAAGCCCAACACACUCCAGAAAGCCAUAACUAAGAUUGUGCCUAAUUUUGAGUGUGUCAACUAUUGGCCUACGAUGAGUGUGGCGUUAAAUGGAGGACUGUACCUUUGUGUCUAUGACGACGAAGGUUCCCCACGCACUGGUACAUGUGUUGGAGAUAGUGGCGGCCCUUUACUGUGUGGACCAAACAAAGACACGCUUGUUGGAAUACUCAGUGGUGGAGAUGCUGAAUGCGAUGCUGAUUACCCCGCCUUGUACGUCAAUCUCUCUGCAUACGGAGACUGGUUGUCUGGUAAACUGUAAACUCUUCGCUUGGAGACAAUUCAAUAUAAAAAUUAUUAAAUAUU